CAGAACCCUGCUGAAAGCUGAUGUCUUUAUCGCUCAAUACUUCCCUUCAGGCGUUCUCAGAUUCCUGAUGUACUUCCAACAUUUCCUCUCUUUUUAAUUUAAGAUGACUAGUUUUGUUUGUCCUUCUCUCAGCAGAUGGGAUAUUCACAAUUCAGCCCUCAAUUCUACAGAUGCACACGUCAAAAGCAGACUGUUCGAAACGACGCAGUGCGCAUGUCUGUUUCGCCAGGAAGGCGUGACGUAAUCGCGCACCGGAUCGUUUCCUUGGUUUCCGGGAAACGUGAAGGAAUGGCGGCCUUGAUGUCGCCGGUGGCACUGGUGGCAUCGACUCCUACCAAACCUCGGAACAAGAAACGGCCGACAAGUCCGGGCAACAGUGGGGGCAUAGCUGCAAAGAAGAAGAGAGUAGGGCAGAAUGUUGUGUUGGAUACUAUUGGAGAGAAUCCAAGUUUGGCUACAGAUUCCAGUCCAGGGCAUGGAGAGCCUGCAGUAAAACCUUUGAUAUUUAAGAAUCCAAAUUUUAUUCAUUCUGGCAUGGGUGGUGCAGGUGCUGGGAAAAAGAGCCGUGUUUGGAAAAACCUGAAACAAAUUCUUGCUACUGAGAGGAUGUUCCCAUGGAAACUGAAUGAUCCUAACUAUUCCAGCAUUGAUGCUCUUCCUUCCUUUAAACCAGCCAAAAAAUACUCAGAUAUUUCAGGACUUCCUGCUAAUUAUACAGACCCACAAAGUAAACUACGAUUUAGCAGCACAGAGGAGUUCUCCUACAUUCGUAUGCUUCCUUCAGAUAUUGUGACCGGUUAUUUGGCUUUAAGAAAAGCAACAAGCAUCGUACCAUGAAAUAGGACACAAUCAUCUCUGAAGUAUAUGAAAACAAUAGGACACAAUCGUCUGUCUGAAGUAUGUGAAAACAAAUUUUCUGUUGGACGAAGGAACACAUGGUGACUUAUGACAUUUGGAAGUUCCUGUGCAUCUCAACAAAAGAAAUUCUAGCAACUGAAGUUUUGGCAACAGAGAUUUUAAGUAAAUUGUAAAUAGGAAAUGUAAAAUACCAUAAAACUACAAAAGCUCCCCUGUUGAAACUUCAGGAUGUACAGAAAAUGUUACAUGUACAGUUAAUAUAUUGUGAAACUACUCUUGUUUUUUCCAAAGGAUGCUGGUUAUUAAAAAAUGUUUAAUGCCAUUAGGGCAAACCAAGUAAGGAUAAAAUGGAAAUAUAAUGAAGUUCAC